AUGCCUUAUCCACGGCCACUACUGGAGCCUAUUGCGCUCGUUGGAAGCAGUUGUCGUUUUGCAGGCAACAUCAAAUCCCCCCAUGAACUCUGGAAACAGCAUUCGAAGCCUGAAGACCUAUCUCGCCCGGUUCCUCCGAGCAGGUUCUCCAGCACAGCAUUCUUCCAUGAAGACGGUGAAUAUCAUGGCACUACAAACUCGGUCAAGGCCUACUGGUUGGAGCAAGACCACCGCUUGUUCGAUGCCCAGUUCUUCAAUAUUACUCCCAAGGAGGCCGAGGCCAUUGAUCCACAGCAGCGCUUGCUUUUGGAAGUGGUCUAUGAGUCGCUCGAGUCAGCCGGGUACACUCUUCAGCAAUACGCAGGGCAGCCAGUUGCUGUGUUUGCCGGAGUGAUGACAGACGAUUACCACACGCUCUCUUCCCGGGACGAUCUCAACGCCUCCCAGUAUGCUGCCACCGGGAACGCCAGAUCCAACAUCGCCAACCGCGUCUCGUACUUCUUCGACUUCCAUGGACCAUCCAUGACAAUUGACACAGCGUGCUCCGCAAGCCUCGUCGCUUUGCACCAGGCUGUACAGUCUCUUCGGUCCGGAGAGACCACAAUGGCUUGUGUUGCUGGAGUCAAUUUGAUGCUUACCCCGGAACAAUUCAUUGCCGAGUCAAACCUGCAUAUGCUCAGUCCGACUGGGCAUUCCCGCAUGUGGGACGCAAAGGCUGACGGUUACGCACGUGGAGAGGGUGUUGUAUCCGUUCUCAUCAAGACCUUGAGCCGAGCUCUAGCCGAUGGCGACAAUAUACAGGCGAUAAUACGAGAGACAGGCGUCAACUCGGACGGAAGAACAAAAGGCAUAACCAUGCCGAAUCCUCAUGCACAGACUGCUCUCAUCAAAGAAACCUACCGCAAAUCCGGUCUCGACACCACCGAUCCCGAGCACAGACCGCAGUUUUUCGAAGCUCACGGGACAGGCACACCUGUUGGAGACCCCCUUGAGGCUCGCGCCAUCUACGAUGCCUUCUUUAGUGGAAGCGAGGACAAGAAUAGCAGCAAACUACCCGCAUCCAGCGAGCAGAAACUGCUGGUUGGUUCCGUCAAGACAAUCAUCGGCCAUACCGAGGGUGCUGCUGGUUUGGCAGGGCUGCUCAAGGUGGUGCAGUGCCUGAAGGCUGGAUCUAUUCUUCCCAACUUGCACCUGGAAUCGCUGAGUCCAACAGUGAUGCCCUUUUCUGAUCGCCUUCACGUCCCCACCGCGUCAGCGGAGUGGCCAGCUCCAGCUUCAGGGCAUCCUCGCAGAGCCUCUGUCAACUCUUUUGGGUUUGGGGGUACGAAUGCACAUGCAAUCAUUGAGGUUUAUAACCCGGACAUUCACAAUACUGUUGCACACUCAUUCAAUCCAGAGUUGUCGGAGCGGCUUUCCAAUGCGUCAUCCUCGGUCGCCAUCGCUGGGACUGGAAGCAACAUGGACUCGGAUAUGACGCUACCCUUGCUCUUCUCUGCUGCCAGUGAGAAAUCGCUUCGUGGUAUGCUGCAUGAUUACAGAGCAUUCAUCCUCAAUAAUAGUAAUAUCGGGCAUAAAGAGCUUGCGUGGCAUCUCUAUUGCAGCCGCACUGUACACAACUACCGUGUGGCCAUCACUGCAGGAGAUCUUGCUCAAGGCGCUGCUGCCAUGGACUCUGUUGCUAUUCUUCAGAAGCAAUUGCACCCUCAGCCCAGGAUACUUGGUAUUUUUACAGGACAAGGGGCCCAAUACGCUGGUAUGUCCAAGGGGCUAUACAGAGUCAGCUCAGUCUAUCGCAACACAAUCCAGUGUUUGGAUACCAUCCUUCAGACCUGCGCCGAUCCACCUGCUUGGUCUAUCGCGGCACAACUCAUGAUAAGCAAGGAGGAUUCCCAAAUUCACACGGCUGCCAUUUCUCAACCGCUCUGCACUGCCCUGCAGAUCGGACUCGUCGACUUCCUGAAGAGUAUUGGCAUCUCCUUUGCCUGUGUGGUUGGCCACUCUUCAGGAGAGAUUGCAGCAGCGUAUGCGGCUGGCCGGAUCACGCAGCGACAAGCGAUGCUGAUUUCCUACUACCGUGGCCGGUACACACACCUAGCUGCAGGCAAGGAUGGUCAGAAGGGCGGUAUGCUCGCUUGCGGUCUCUCUCGCCAACAAGCAGAGGAGUUUUGUUCACAGGCUGUGUAUAAGGACAGAAUCUGUGUAGCAGCCAGCAACUCACAAACCUUGACCACGUUAGCGGGCGAUUCCGACGCGAUACUGGCCGCGUCCAGUGAUUUGAAGGAACAAAACACUUUUGCAAGAGUGCUCAACGUCGACACUGCAUACCACUCAUUCCACAUGAACAAGCCUGUGGAGGAAUACUGCGAAGCUCUUAAGGAUUGUCACUUCGAGAUCUACCCUCCCUGCCCGGCAAGCAACCAGACUCAGUGGAUCUCCAGUGUCCAUGGUUCACUCAAGGAAGUAAAGGCUGAAGAUUUAGCGGUUAGUUACUGGGGCAACAACAUGACCUGCCCAGUGCUGUUCCAGGAUGCUUUGGCUGCAGCACUCAGAGAGUGUGGACCUUUCAACGCUGCCAUCGAGGUUGGCCCACAUCCAGCGCUGAAACUACCAGCCACUGAGACCAUGAAAGAGGUUCUUGGGACAUCGAUGCCGUACAUGUUUGUACUCAGCAGAGUCAAGGAAGACCGCCUGACCGUGGCUGAAUUCAUUGGGCAGAUGUGGGCCGAUUUUGGCCCCUCCUCUGUAGACAUAGGGAGAUUUGUUUCGGACUCGGCUUGCCCAUCACUGGUCGAUUCUCGCAUCCUGGAUGCGCCGUCCUACUCAUGGGACCAUUCUCAGAUUCACUGGAGAGAAUCCCGACCAUCUGAGCAGUAUCACUUCCGCAAACAUUCACCACACGAGCUCCUAGGAGUCCGCACUAUGGACGACACCCAGUUCGACUUGCGGUGGCGGAACAUUCUAAAGAUGGACAAACUCCCCUGGCUCAAGGGUCACAAGUUUCAAGGACAGGCCCUGCUACCUGCAUCAGCAUACUGCGUCAUGGCCCUGGACGCGGCUCGAGCUGUCCUGGAAGGCUACAGGACGACCAUAGUCGAACUGCAGGACUUGGAGUUUCUCAACGGAAUCACUCUAGAGCCUGAUUCCUUGGGUGUGGAGACCCUCUUCAGCCUCUCCAUGCUGCCACCUGAGAAAGGCGGAUCUGGUCAGCCUCAGAAACUUGAAGGCCACUUCAAGCUCACAUCUACCCCGGUCAGGUCAUUCGACAUGAAGCCCAUGAAAUUGAAUUUCCAGGGCAAGUUGCAUGUUCUGCUUGAAGAGACGCCUGUACACUCUUUGCCACGUCGCCAGGAGAAAUCUCGAGCAGAGACGCUGCCGGUGAAGAUCGACAACUUCUACCAGAUGAUGGAGGGUCUUGGCUUGGAAUACACCGGCCCGUUCAAAGCUUUGAGAUCCAUCGACAGACGGCUGAACUAUGCCGCUGCCACGCUUGACAGCCGCCACCCUUCAGACAGCACGAGACUGUCGGUCAGCCCCGCGACUCUGGAUGCCUGUUUCCAUACAGCAUUUGCAACCUUCUCAUCCCCUGGAGACAGGGCGCUCUGGACGUCGUUCCUCCCAACCAACAUCGAAAAGAUUCGAUUCAGCCUGGACAGUGACGCACUGGUCAUGACAGGUGCCACCGAUCUACUAUCCGUGGACUCGCAUCUGACAAGCUUCAAGCCAUACUCCAGAGAGUGUGCUGCAACUAUCACGGCUGACAUGGAAAUCUUCAAUCAGCUGGGAGAGAUGCAAAUCCAGAUCGAGGGCCUGGUUGUAUCCUCAUUCGCAUCCACCAAGCCUGAGGAUGAUUACGAGUUGUAUCUCCACACCGUCCUGGAGCUGGACCCCGAGGACGAAAUUGUUCACUCGACGACUAGUGACCUUGGCUUCGACCCAUCGCUUGCAGAGAGCUGUAUGCGAGUCGCGCAGCACUACACGUACAAAUCUCGGUUCACCGCGUCGCUCGAUACGCCACCUGCUUCGCCGAAGAUGUCGGCUUCCCCUGGACCAGAUACCAUGACAGCGUCAACCACGGCAGGCCAGUCAUUUUCAAAUGAGGAAGAUGUACAGGAUUUCAUUCGCACUUCGCCGUACUUUUUCACUCUGGACUACAUCCGCAACGUCAGCGUGAAUCGUCCAGAAGCAGUUUUCAGCACCAUGAAAAAGAUGAUUGAGGAGGCACAAGAGACGCUGCGUUUCCAGAAACACCUCAAGCGGGUUGUUCGGCAAGUAGCUCAUCGUUACCCAAGAAUGAACGUCCUGGGCGUUACAGAUCCUCAAUACGGCUUCACGGAGCCUAUUUUGAAGGGGCUCGGAGACGUCUAUAGGACAUACACCAUUGGCGGCAAGGCGGAGGACAACUUGUACGACCGCAUGCCUUCCAUUAAGGGCAGCAGGAAGGUCCGUCAGGAGUUCGUUGCCUUGAAUCCUGAGCACUUGGAUGAAACUCCAGCAGCUCAUCGUUAUGACAUGGUCAUUUGGUCCGUCUCAACCCCGGGAAAUCAUGGCUCUGAUCCCAGGUCCCCGUGGGAAACAAUCCGAGGAAUGAUCAAGGACGGGGGCUUCCUGCUUUUGAUCAAUUUGCCCCUCGAACAACCCACAAACACACUUCUUGAGACUAGCAUCCUUGACGAGGAUUCGUCGGAGGUUCUUCCAGCAACCCCACCAGACCGUUCCAGCUCAGAAGAAGCCUGCAAGUUCUUUACGCGUCCUCGUAACUCGGAGUUCUCUACUCGUCUUGGGAUGUCACUCAGCGUUCUUCAAGCCACCGUCUCCUCCUACAAUAACAGCACCAACAACGACCAGAUGAGGAGUCCUCUGGCUUGGAGGGCGGACGAGCUGGCGACCCAGCAUUUAUUGAUCAUCGGAGGUGAGAACCAGGCAAUUCAAGGCAUUGCAACAGAAGUAGAGCAAUGUCUUGGUGGCUACUGCAACUCGAUAUCCACAGCGGCUAGGCUAGAUGAUGUUACGCCCGAGGUUGCAGCCAACUGUACAGGCAUCAUCUUUCUGACCGACCUGGAAGACGCCAUCUGCUCUUCAAUGUCAGAGAAAUGGCUGGACGCGUUGAGAUCGUUGGUGCGUCCAGAGAUGGUCAUUCUAUGGGUCACCAGAAAUGCGCGCGAGGACCCAGAGCGAGCUGCAUCCCUGGGCCUGACCCGGACUCUGAAGGCCGAGACACCAGAUCUCUUACUGCAGGUGCUUGACCUGGAUACUCUUGAUGAUUCUGGAAAGCUAAUCUCAGAGACAUUCUGUCGCCUGGGUUUCUGGGCUCAAUCUUCCCAGCGCAAGGAACCCGACUCGAUCGUUUGGUCCAACGAGCCUGAGAUACACAUGCAGAACGGCAGGCGUUUCAUACCACGCGUGCUUCCUUUUAGGCCAGCAAUUGAUCGCCUCAACGCAUAUCGCAGAUCCGUCACCACGACAGUCAACACGCUCGAGUCUUGCAUUGUCAUGGAGCCGAAUCAAGAUAGGCCGGGAUCGAUACGGUACAAAGCCCUGGAUGUCGGACACACUUUGGCACCGACUGGCUCAGUCCUUACAUAUGCCGAGUACAGUUCCGUACGAUCCUUUGCGAUUGGUGAACAUGGACCAAUGCAUCUCUGUGUUGGGAGAACUGUCGACGACAGCAACCUCGUGAUGGGUCUUACGAGCAGUCUCGCUUCGAUCGUCGACAUAGACGCCUCUUUGUGCAGGGAAAUUUCCAUGCUCAACGUUGACUUGUCACGCAUGACCGUUGUCCUCUCCACGGUCUUGGCUGCUCUCCAAAUAGUCAUGGAUGCCACCAAACCCUGUCUCGUUCUGAUCGAACCGCCACCGCUUCUUCAGCAAGCUGUACACAUUCUGGCAUCGGAGGGUUACGGCGGAAAAGGACUCCACAUGCAUCCAUGGUCUCGACAGCACAAGUCAACGCUCGAGCAGGCUCCAGUGAAGGACACUCUCGUUACUCAUGUUCACCCACUGGCUGGUGUCAAGGAGGUUCGCCGUGCACUGCCCAAGUGUGGUGAAUGUGUACAAGCGCCUGAAUGUGCCGUAUUCGAUUUUCUGCCAGAAGAAGACCAACUCUCGAGGACAUUGACCACUUUAGGCGGUCAAGUUGAAUACCAUACUGUCUCAAGGGCCAAUUUACACUUGGACAUGUCUUCUCACCUCGUCAACGCCACAGAGGACAAGUUGCUAGUUGCCAUCUGGGAAAUGGCCACGAAUCUUGCCUUCAGGCUAAUGUCGGAAGACUCCAGCCAGAUGCCAUCCUCGUCUUUCAUCACGCCGGCUCAUCUCCUCGAGCCAGCUGUACCCACGCCACAGUCCGCGUUGGUCGAUUGGAAGUCACAACGUGACAUUGAGCUGCCUGUCGCGCCACUUGUGCAGACCGUGUCACUCCGCAGCGACCGAACCUACAUCCUGUUUGGUCUCACUCGGGAUCUUGGCCAGAGCAUCUGCAGACUCUUCCUUGAACACGGCGCACGCCACAUCAUUGUUGCCAGCCGGAACCCCGACAUGAACCCUGCCUGGGUGACGGAGCUGAACGAAGAAGAGGGCGCCCACGUUCGCACGGCGCGCUGCGAUAUCACCGUCCUGGAGGAUGUCCGCGCACUGGCGGCGACCACAGGCGGCACCAACGAGACGCCCACCGUCGGAGGCAUCGUGAAUGGCGCCAUGGUGUUGGACGACCGGGUCUUUGCGCAGAUGGACAUGGACACAUGGAACCGUGUUAUGCGGCCUAAAACAGUGGGCUCUCGGAACCUCGACCUGGUGUUUGAUUCGGCAGACCUGGAAUUCUUCAUCAUGACCUCGUCCUUUGCGGCCAUCGGCGGUCACGCGGGCCAGUCCAACUAUGCGGCGGCCAACAUGUUCAUGAACGGCCUGGCGGUCAGCCGGCGUCGAAGAAACCUGGCAGCCUCGGUGCUGAACAUUGGAGUGAUUUAUGGUCUUGGCCUGCUUGCUCGUGAGAGGCAGCAGAUCUACGGCGGGCUGGAGCGCGACGGAUACCCGCCCAUUUCGGAGCGUGACAUCCAUCACAUGUUCAUCGAGGCCAUUGACGCUGGUCGUCCAUUCAUCGACCUGACUACCGGCCUGGCACGCUACCGGAUCAACGACGCAAAUCCUCAGCACUGGCACCGUGAUCUGCGCUUCAGUCACUAUACACUCCCUGAAGAUGGAGGCGACGACGGCGAGGGCGGUGUCGCGGCCCAACAGGGCGAUGGCCAGCAGAAGCAAGUCAAGGACCUGAUCCGAGACGCAGAGACUUUGGAGGCUGCGACGGACUACCUCGUGGCAUCGUUCUGCCGCCGGAUGGAGAUUACCCUGCAGCUCCCUGCCAACAGCGCCCAUGCGGGAAAUAGCAUCACGGAAAUGGGUGUCGACUCUCUUGCCGCGGUCGAGAUCCGGAAUUGGUUCUACAAGACCGUCGGUACUGAUGUCCCGGUCAUGAAGAUUCUGAGCGCGUCGAGUAUUCUCAGCUUGUGUCAUGAGAUAGCCCAGAAGAUCAAGUCUUGA